AUGUUGUUUUUCCCUAAAGGUCACAUCAAGAUUGUUGAGUAUCUGAUUGAGAAGAUUAAACUUGAAGUCGAUACAAUUGGUGAUCGUCGACUUACACCUUUGCAUGUAGCCUGUGAGAAUGGAUAUCUUAACAUAGUUGAAUAUCUUCUCGAGAAGCAUGCAUCAACUACAUUACGGAAUGCUCGAUGCUACAAUUGUUUAGAAAUAGCCGUUACUAAUAAACAAGCCGAAAUUGUUAAAAAGCUUUUCGACAAUUCAACAUGGCGGGAAAUGAUGCGAAAUGCUCAACCUAUUGAUAAUAGUGCAGCUUAUGAUACUCCCAUGCGAAAACUAAUCCGAUAUUUACCUGAUGUGGCUGUCUGGGUCAUUGAGAAUAAACUUACAAGUGUUAUUGGUGGACCUGGACAAAAAAUAUACAAAACCGUCUAUGAUUACGAAUUUUAUGAAGAUAUGUGCGCUGUUAAGGAUUGGUAUACUAAAGCUUCGAAAGAUUGUUAUAUUGCUCGAUGUCCCGUGAAGAAUGAACUUGAAAAGAAAGAAAUCUAUUAA